GUGUGGACAGUUUUUUAAGAUUUUAGACAUUUUAUUAUAUAAGUUGUACUUAGUAGUCAACAAGAAAUAAUUGAAUUAAAUGUAAUUUUUUAUUUUUAUAUAUAAAAAUUUAAAUAUCAAGUCUUUAUAAUGAUAAUCUUAGAUGUUACGGCUUUUUAAAGAUGUAUAACCUAACAUUGUUCUAAAUGGUACAAUAAAUCAUUGCUAAUAAAAUACAAUUCUCAGCGAAGUUUGGUUAUACAUAUUUUAAAAUGCUGUAAUUUUUUAAAUUUUUAUAAGUUUUGUUAUCAAAAUAAUAUAGGAUGGAGGAAGUAUAGCAUACUAUUCAGCACAUGGAUCAGCUAAAAAGCGACCUAAUAAAACAAACGAUGAUGUAACUAUUGAAAAGGUUUGGGAUUGUAUAAGAAAUAAUAAUGGAAUUAUGGUAAGUUUUGGUUAAAUAAUUUUCAAUCUAUAUUUUAUUUUAAAUCGUGUAGAUACUUUUUAUUUGUUAUCAUGUUUGAUCUAUGUGUCUAAUAAUAUAUUUUAUAAUUACUAUCUUUUUUAAUUUUUUUAACUCAGGUUUUAUUAACAUUAAUGACAAUUAAAACACCAAUUACCGAUGUUGAUGCUAUUAGAGGAUUAGCUAGUCGUGCAUUAGCUGGAUUAGCUCGUAGUGAAUCUGUACGUCAAAUUAUAAGCAAGUUACCUUUGUUUAACAAUGGCCAAUUACAAAGUAAGUAUUCUGGUUGAAAGUCAUAACUUAAGACCGGAUCUGCAUGCAUUUUAAAUUGUAAAUUAUGUAUGCACAAAAAGGCAAGAUAUACAAGAAAAAAAAAAGCAAAACAUGCAUAAUAAAAUAAAAAUUGUAUAUUUUAUUUAAAUUUUGCAGUGAUUAUUAAUUUAAUUAAUUAAUUAAAAUUUCCAUAAACAAAAAAAGGAAAACAAAUUUAAAAAAAAAAAAAAUUAAAUAGGCUUUAUAUAUAUGUAUAUGCUUUAUAAAAUGUGUUUAAUAAUGUACCGAUAUUCCUAAAAUAUUAUAACCUAAUAAAUAUUAUAAUUAAAGACUAUACUUAUGGCUAGCCACUAAAAUUAAAUUGUGUUAUAGGUUUAAUGAAAAACCCUGUACUGCAAGAUAAACGCCAGGAGCAUGUAACAUUUCAAAAAUAUGCUUUAGAAUUAAUGGAAUUAGUAUCUGGAAAAAAAAAACAUCAUGGAGCAGAAAUAGAAGCAUCUUUGGCAAAUAUAAAUCGCGUAUGUUAUUUAAUUUAAAUCAAAAAUAAAUUCAAGUCUGAUAUAUAACAAAUUAGAGCAAUAAAUGUAUUCAAAAUUUUUGUAAAUAAAAGUAUUAUUUAACUGGUCAUAAAAGGUUUAUAAAGAAAUUAAUAUAAAUAAGUAUGCAUAUUUAUAUUUGAAGGAAAAAAGUAUAUUUUAACAAAGUAAAACUAAAUUUUAAAAUACAAUUUUCAAACACUACAAAAAUGAUUAACACAAGUUUUUAAAGACAAUUAUAAGUAUUAUACACAAAGAAAAAUUGUGUUAAUUGUUUUAUAGAACUGUUAAAUUCCAUUAAAUUGUUAGUCAUAGUGGUUUGUGAGGAGGGGAAAUUAGUAAAAAAACUCCUAUAAAUACUCUAUCAUUUUUGAUUCUAUAAAAAAAUGUCUGGGCUCUUUUGAUGUUUUUAAGUAUCAUAAAUUGUUUAAAUAGUGCAAUUAUUUUUAUAAUUUUAAAAAUNUCGACUAUAGAUUAAAAUGAUAAAGCUGAUUUUCCAAUACACCUUACAUGGUGUAAUGAAAACUCUACUUAAGUAUAAAAAAUUUAAAACACAUCUGCUAUCAUAUAAUAUAGAUAUAACAUUUUAUAUUGCUAAAUUAAUCUUAAAAUAAAAAUAUUUGAAUGAAACUGUGAUAUUUAUAGGCCAAUAUUGUUGCACAAACAAAAAUUAAUUUCAAUGAGCAACAAUUACUCCUUUUAAUACAUCAACAUUUCAUGGCAAAAGGUUUGUCGAAAACUGCAGAUAGUUUAGUUCAAGAAGCAAAUCUUAAUAUUGCAGAGAAAAAGUCGGUGCCAGUUCCAUAUGUUGCUCAUUGCCGUGUAAGUUUUUUUAUAGUUGGUUAAAUUCAUUAUCUUAUAAUAAUAAUAAAAACAAAAAUUUUCAGAAUCGGUCAAUUGGAGGAAUAACCCCAAUAAUUCCUAGGCUGCUUUCUGCUCAAAUCCCAAAAUCUGAAAUACCUGGUACAUCAAAUAGCAUUAUGAAUACUAGUUUUAACAAUAUACGAGGAACGAAUUCAUCACCAAUACGAUUAAACGUCAAUAGGUAAUAAAUCAUAUCAUAUCAAUUUUCAAUUUUAUUAUAUAGAGUCUAAUGGAUGUUCUAACUAUUUCACUGUUCAAAUAUAUUUUUUUAUCUAAUCUUUAAAGACGAUCUGAAAUACGUCCAAAACUAGAACUAGUACCUGUACCAGUACUUGAAUCACCAAUGUCCAAAUUAGUUCAUAAAAAAAUUGACCAAGAUAUACCAUUAUCAUCUGAUAAUAACGUUAGUUCGACUGUUAGUCUAGAAUCUAUUGUUACAGAAUAUUUGACUAAUCAACAUGCUUCAUGUAAACAUCCUGUGGUUACAUGUCCUCAAUUCAACCUUUUUGUGUAAGUGAUUAAAAUUAAAUUAUAUAUUUAAAAAAGUAUAUCACUGACAGCAAUUUCAUUUAGUCCACAUAAAUGUCCCGAUCCUAAACCAAGGAACUCAACAUGUACAAAUUUCGCUAUGCGGUUUGCUAAAAACAUACAUUCUAGAAGACUAGACCAAAGACUCAUACAUAGUCGUUUUUGUCCAAUACGUAUGUUUCACAUGGAUGACGAUGAAGAAGCAUAUUUUACUAACUGUGAAUUUUUAGUAAGUUUACUUAAGAUAAAAUCAUACUUAAAAGAAACAGUAACAAUAAAAUAUAAUCAAAAGAUGAAAUAUAUUAUUAUUUCUUACUUUUAGUCUCUAGAACGUAUUGCUGUUGGAACCUAUAAUGGUGAAGUAAAAGUAUUUAAUUUAUUCACUUCUCAAGAGGAACUAUCAUUUACUGCCCAUGAUUCAUACAUUGUUAACUUGGAAUGCAGUAAUAAUCAAAAAUUAUUAUUAUCUUCAGCAUCUUGGCGAACACCUUUAACUUCUCUAUGGUCUAUAAACGAAGACUCAAUCGUUCUACAGUAAAACUAACAUAAAUUAAUUUUUAAUAAUUAUGCUCUAUAUUAUUUUUUCAUUUAAUUUUGUUAAGAUAUUCAUUGGACCUUGAAGAAUACUGUACUUUUAGCAAUCAUUACCAAAAUAAAUUAAUUGGAACUAAGGCUGAAGUUGCAUCUGUAAUAUAUUUUUUUUUAUAAAUAUAUAAAAUACACUUAUGUUCAUAUAAUAUUAUUUGUCUAGAUAUAUGAUGUUGAAACUCAUAAAAAAUUAAUGACUUUGAUACCAAAACAUUCAAAUCAGUACAGUAGAAAUCGUGCAGUGUUUGAUCCUACCAAUGAACUGGUAUUAUCUGAUGGUGUGUUAUGGGAUAUCGCAUCUAAAAAAGAAAUACAUAAAUUUGAUAAAUUAAAUCAAAAUAUUAGUGGAAUAUUUCAUCCAAAUGGACUUGAGGUAAAUUAUAUGUUUGAGAACCGAAAGAAAAAGAAACUUCUUUGCAAUUAAUUUUUGAAUAGUAUUUUCCAAAGAAUAUUAAAACUGUUUUUUUAAUAUAUCUAUAUAUAUAGAUUGUAGCGAAUACAGAAGUCUGGGAUAUGCGCACAUUUAAGUUAUUGCGUACAGUAUCCAGUCUUGAUCAAUGCAGUAUCAUGUUCUCUAAACCUGGAGAUGGACUGUAUGUGUAUGUCACUGAUCAAGAGAUUGAAGAAGAUUCAAAUUAUCAGACUUCAUUUAAAACAUUAGAUCCUCAUGACUACUCAAACAUAGGUAAAUAAAAUAAUUAAAAUUCGAGGGAGAUGAAUUUUUUUUUCGACUUGCUUAGGUUUACAGAAAAAAAAAACAAUUGUGAUUUUACUAUUUUAAUAUUGUUAUUAUUUUAAAAAUGUGUAUACUGUAGUAACUUUCCAAAUAAUUAUACAAUAAUUCUGUAUAUGUUCAAGCACAAAAUAUUCAACUUAUCUAUUGUUUUUCUCUGAGUAAUUGAGAUUUUCCCAAAAGAGCUUCAUUUAUUUUACUUUAUCAGAGUUUUCGAUUUCCAAAGUUUUAAAAAAUUGUGUUAUAUAAAAAUGUAUUUUGAAUAUUAUUUUAUAUCCCAAUAUUUCUAUAGUUAAUAUUUAUAAUAAUUUUUAAUUUAUUGCAAAUGUUUAGCUACUAUCGACGUUAAAAAGUUUAUUUAUCAUAUGGCAAGCAAUAGUUAUGACACACAAAUAGCCAUUAUUGAAAAUCAAGGAUUAUAUGAAAACAUUGAUGAGUCUGUUGUCCGGAUAUAUGAUGUUGGUCGAUCUAGGGCUGAUGACGAAAAUGUAUGUUUUUGUUUUUAUUAUUUUAAAUAUAAAACUCAAUGUUCAUAAUCUAUGUUACUUUAGAUGGAAGAAGACGAAGAAGAAAAUGUUGAAAGUGAAGGUUCAGAGUCUGAUGGAAAUUUAUCUUCUUGUAAGUAAAGUUACAUGGUGUUUUUUUUUUUUUACAAUUUGUAUAGUUUUAGUGUGGGUUUAAACUAGUGUUUCCAUCCUUUCUGGAAGACAUUAUCACCGGUGGAAUGAAUGAUGAAUAUGAUAGAAAUCAUUUUUCAAGCAGUAGCAGUAGUGUAGCUGAUUCCCAUUCCCGUUCUGGUACACCAUUGUCUGAUUCAAGUUUUGAUGCAAGUGUAAAUACAGACCCAGAAGACAUAGGUGCUUAA